AUGACACCUAUCCGACAUCGAGAGGUAGCCGGAAGGUGGAGAGAGGGCUGGGUCACUGUCGCUACAACAUGGCGGGUCGAUGCUGACUCAGUUUUUGGGGCUCGAUCUGAUGCUUAUCAAGAAAUGGAUAGUGAAGGCUUCGACCUAACCACCCGUAAUAGUGGGCAUGGACAGUAUAGACAUUUCGCAAUUGGAAAGGCUUAUGUGGCGUUGACUUUAAUGCCACGUCAACCUACAAACGGAGCAAUUGGAUUGAGUGUACCAAUCAGACAAAAAUUGUGGAAUUACGGACUUUUCAGAUUAAAUGAGAAUGUUAGAGACUUAAAUGAGAAUCUGAUCAAGAUGGCGGUUUUCUUUAUCUUGAUGUUUUCUCUCAUUCUCUCCUCCUCCUAUGCUGCUGUGCAAGACUUCUGUGUUGCAGACUACAGAGCUCCUUCUGGACCUGCAGGCUACUCCUGCAGAAGGCCUGAAACUGUUACAGUGAAUGAUUUUGUAUACUCCGGCCUAGGCGUUGCCGGUAACACCUCAAACAUUUUCAGAGCUGCAAACACCCCUGCGUCCGCGGCUGAGUUUCCUGGUGUGAAUGGCCUUGGCAUUUCAAUGUCUCGUGUAGACUUGGCUGCCGGUGGUGUUGUCCCUUUGCAUAUACACCCCGGAGCGAAUGAAGUCUUACUUGUUGCGCAAGGAACACUAGUUGCCGGGUUCAUAUCCUCGGAUCGCAACACAGUUUAUCUGAAAACUAUUAACAGUGGUGAUAUUAUGGUUUUCCCUCAAGGGUUAUUGCACUUCCAAGUGAAUGUUGGAAAUGCUACGCCAGUCCUUGCAUUUGCUAGCUACAGCAGUCCAAGGCCAGGUCUGCAGAUUGUGGACUAUGCACUAUUUCAAAGCAACUUUCCUACUCAGUUGAUAGCUAGAACUACUUUCCUUGGCAUUCCUGAAAUAAGUAGACUUAAGGCUGUCUUUGGUAGCACUAAUUAA